GGGAUAUGGCGUGGCGGGAAGGGGAUAUGGCGUGGCGGGAAGGGGAUAUGGCGUGGCGGGAAGGGGAUAUGGCGUGGCGGGAGGGGAUAUGGCGUGGCGGGAAGGGGAUAUGGCGUGGCGGGAAGGGGAUAUGGCGUGGCGGGAAGGGGAUAUGGCGUGGCGGGAAGGGGAUAUGGCGUGGCGGGAAGGGGAUAUGGCGUGGCGGGAAGGGGAUAUGGCGUGGCGGGAAGGGGAUAUGGCGUGGCGGGAAGGGGAUAUGGCGUGGCGGGAAGGGGAUAUGGCGUGGCGGGAAGGGGAUAUGGCGUGGCGGGAAGGGGAUAUGGCGUGGCGGGAAGGGGAUAUGGCGUGGCGGGAAGGGGAUAUGGCGUGGCGGGAAGGGGAUAUGGCGUGGCGGGAAGGGGAUAUGGCGUGGCGGGAAGGGGAUAUGGCGUGGCGGGAAGGGGAUAUGGCGUGGCGGGAAGGGGAUAUGGCGUGGCGGGAAGGGGAUAUGGCGUGGCGGUGGUCGCGGCGGGCCCGCGAGAGGAGGCGUGGGGCCCGUCCGAUGAACCGAGCCAGUAUGGAGGCAUUUUCGCAGCCACGAAUGGGUAUAAAUUAG